CGUUCUCACUGGGUUACGAACUUUGUAGUUAUCCCUAAACUCAGGCAGCCGGUUGCAGCAGCACACACCCGUACCAGCAACACACAAACUAGAGGCGACGUUUUGGCAAUCAUUUUAUUGGCGCUAGAAUUAAGAAAUAUCCGUGGCCAUGACGAAACACGAGUUCUUUGUCGAUAUGACGUGUGAGGGUUGUUCUGGAGCAGUAACCCGCGUUCUCACCAAACUGGAUGUGAAGUUUGACAUAGAUCUCCCCAACAAGAAAGUGUUCAUCGAGUCAGACAAAGACACAGAUGUCCUUCUGGAAACGCUGAAGAAGACUGGGAAAGCUGUGAACUACAUAGGCCCCAAGUGAACCUCAUCUGUUCCUUCUGUCUGGGAUGAGAACAGAUGCUGAUAUGAAGAUGGGAAGCCUUACUAUGAUGCUGAAAACCUGACCAGAGGAAGGUUUUAAAACUGCGGGGACCACUCUUAAGCUCUUAUCUAGUUUUUAUCUUCUUAAACAGGAAAUCAGACAGAGAAUAAUGGGCAUGUGAUAAUUACAUAGUAGGCUUUUGUUGACGUAUCAUUUCCCUUGAUGCCUUUCAAUUGUCUUAUCAAGACACAUUUGAAAAUGUAAUUGUUUCUGGCUGUAAUACUUCUGUAAAACAUUGAUUUCAGAAACCAUGGUAGUUGAAACAGAACCACUACAAUUCAAUGCAAUAGGUCAAAAAGGUUACGUUUGCAAAGCCCAAAGAGCACGUGUAAGAAAACGGCCAGACAGACCUUGGAUGUAAUUCCAAGACAAUGUUCCAGUGGCAAAUUGGUUUUCGUUAACCUGGAGGUUGUUGGAAAUUGGUAAAUAAAAGAGCCCAGAGUCUUCAUUUUCUUAACUAAAUGAUGCCUGUUGGCUAUCUUUAGCAGUUUAACCACUGCCUGUUGGUUAACUUAUGCAGGUUUACCACGUUCUUGGAAUGCACUCCUGGGUAUGACUGGCCUUCUACUACCAGACAACUGUCAUUGAUUGCUGUAGGCUUUCCCCUGACAUCAGCACUAUUGCAUGUGAUCUCCAUGUGAGGGAGACUGCCAAAUGACGUUUGCUUUUGAGCCACUGCAGAAUCACAAUCUCUUUUAUUAGUCAAGUUAGUAAACUGACAUCUACAAGGAACAUGACUGUAGUCGUUAGCACACUAUACAUUCAACAUAGACAUGGAAUAUAGGCUUCACAUGAUGCAAUAUGCAAUAAAAAAAUGAAAACGGCAUAAUAUUGCA